UGUUCGGAUGCCUGCAUCGUAGCAACUUUUCCCGAAAGCAUCAAAAAGCCGGAUUCCGCCAACAUCCGACCUGUUGAAAAUACAAGGGAGUUUUUGAAUAAUGAGCCGUUACAUGUGGCCCUCUCUUCCCUAUUUAGCCAAGGUUUUUCAAAGAUCAUACAACUUACUUAACGCUAGCCUCCCCCAGUUACCUGUUCUGUCGAACAGGACUUUCUUUCCUUGGGGUAACUUUACUCUGGACGAUUGGGAGAGCUUUGUGGACUCGGCAAAAUACGAAGCGGAAUCCCAAAAUGCAACCGUCAAAGCUUUGCUUAUUGUGGCAUAUUCGGUUAUUAUAGUGAUCUCUCUGUUUGGGAAUAUCCUGGUGUGCCAGGUCGUAAUAAAGAACAAGCGGAUGCAUUCUGCCACCAGCCUGUUCAUUGUUAAUCUCGCCGUAGCGGACAUCAUGAUCACCCUUCUUAAUACUCCGUUUACACUGGUUCGGUUCGUAAACAGCACUUGGGUUUUCGGGCAGGUCAUGUGUCACGUCAGCCGCUUUGCUCAGUACUGCUCUUUGCACGUCUCCACCCUCACCUUAACAGCCAUCGCCCUAGACAGGCAUCAGGUUAUCAUGCAUCCUUUGAAGCCACGUGUGCCACCGGCAAAGGGUGUACUUUACAUCAUCAUCAUCUGGAUUAUGGCCAGUUGCUUCUCUCUCCCACAUGCUAUCUAUCAGAAGCUCUUCAAAUUUGAAUACAGCAAAGAAAAGAUUCGGAGUUUGUGUGUACCAAACUUCCCAGAGCCAGCAGACCUCUUCUGGAAGUAUCUGGACUUGGCCACAUUUAUCAUGUUGUAUGUACUUCCCCUUUUAAUCAUCACUGUCACAUACACCACAGUUGCUAAGAAGUUAUGGCUUCGCAACGCGAUUGGGGAUGUGACAACAGAACAGUAUUUUGCACACCGACGGAAAAAGAAAAAGACAAUUAAAAUGCUGAUGCUAGUUGUAGUAGUAUUUGCUGUCUGUUGGUUUCCUCUGAACUGUUAUGUUGUCCUUAUUUCGAGUCACAUAAUUCACACCAACAAUGCUCUCUAUUUUGCUUUCCACUGGCUUGCCAUGAGCAGUACCUGCUAUAACCCCUUUAUCUAUUGCUGGUUGAAUGAGAGUUUUCGCUCAGAACUUAAAUCACUCUUGAAUAUAUUCAGAAGGGAACAUGGAGUGCAGGAGCACAUCCUUCCUUCCACGGCCCCUUCUUACAGGCUAGCUUGGCCUGAACAGAAUAACUUCAAGAGGGGGCAAGUUCCUCAAAGUCUGCGCUCCAAUAGCAACAUCCAAUCGGGAAAGACAGAUAUUUCAUCGGUUGAGCCAAUAGUUGCUGUGAGCUAGGACAGAUAGUCCUGCCAUUUUCUGGUAUCAUGUUACAAGCAAGUAGUAAUGAUUUGGAUUUAAUUCUUAUAAUGGCUGCAAAACUGUCAAUGUUUGACAUUAUUCUUUUGUGCAACUGACAGCAACCUCUGUUGUCUGCACAUGUGCAGUUAAAUAUGGAAAUCUAUAUGUUGCUGUCACUGAUUCCCUGCUUCUCUAUAGGGUGUACUGUUGACAUCCUCGCAGAUGGAAUUCACUGAAUUGACACGAAGCUCUGCUUUUUACAAUAUUAUUCUUGCUGUAAAAACCCUUGAUAAAGUUACACCUUUUUGAAUGAGAUGUAACUGGGUUUUUAACAGCAUCUUGAAUCAUAAUUAUAGCUGAAUAGCCUCUCCAGCCCUGAAAACUAAUUUUAUAUUUGAGGAAUAUUAAACUUAUCCAUUCCGUAAUAAAAAAGAACAUAGAUUUUUAAGAUUUUUUUUAAGUUUGUUUAUGAUAUUUAGUUUCUAUCUUUGUCCCAUGUGUAUGCCUUAUCUUUAUUUUGUUCUUUGUAAAAUUAUAAAAAGUGAAUGAUAAAAUCUACUGUUAUUCCCUGGUUUUCCAUCAGUGAAAAUUCUUCAGUGUGAUUGGCUAUUUAGCCUGUUUGAAGACAUUACUGCUAGAUCCCCUAUAGCUGGCACCAGAAUGAAAUUAACAUCAGCAAAAGAGUUUACCAAAUCUUUGUGGGAAGCUUUAUUCAAGGUCAGUGGUGUGCAAUAUCACUUCACCGCUGACCACAAAAUCUGGGCCAUUGUUUCUGGUUCUAAAAAGUUGUUCCAUCAUAGUGCCAGUGCACAGUAUCUUUUAAGCUCUACUAAGAAUGCUACACACUUGAGGAUAGUAUUUUUUAAUCUAUUGUAUAAACACCAAAAUGUGUACAUGUACUUCAAACACAAUCAAUAAUAUGAAGAUUAAUUAGUCUCAUUGCCUAGUUAAGGCAAUGACCUUCACUGGAAAUGGUGCAUGCCAGGUGAAGUCAGGAUCAUAAAUUGUGCAGACGAUUUACAGAAGUUUUGAGCAGGUCAUUCAGUAUUAUAGGGUAGAUGUUACAAUGUUGCGCUUUCAUUGUAAAAACUCAAGUAUCAGGAGCAUGUAUUGGGAAUUCAGGCACAGAUAUCAACAAACCGCCUUGGAUUUUCCAACGAUUUAUUUUAAUGAUUUGAAAAUCCAAUGAGGCUGAUUGACCUCUAAGCUUAGAUUCCUGAUAUGUGCUCUGGUGCACAAAGUUUGAAGCUGGAAUUGUGAAUUUGUAGCAUCCACUCAUACAAGCUUCAGGAAUCAUAUUUAACUUGUACCUGAUUGCUGAAGCCAAACUCCUAGAGGCUUACUCAGUUUUAAAAUUUAUUAUUAAUGUAUAAUGCAAAAUUCUUUGUGUGGAAUUUUUUCCAUAGUUAUUUUAUUAAUUUAUAAAACUGUAAAUACCUUUUGCACCACCUACACCUUUUGAAAAAUAAGUUCUUGUCUCUGGUCUCAGGCACAUAGCAAAGGGUGAAAGCUGCUAAUUAACUACUGUUUUUUUUUAUUCACUGAUGAUAAUUUCAGUGGGCACACACCCAAAGGCCAAUUAUCAGCCAGUCUGAAAAAUGUGCUGGCCAAUAUGAUGACACCUACACUCCUGGAUAAUGUGAGCAAUCCUCAAAAUUGUGGUCCAUAAUUUAAAAUAUUUCUCCCAAGUUUUAAUGUGUUAAUUCAUUGUCUAAGUUUUCUCCUUGUUUUUCACUAUGGCUCUUUCAGUACUAUUAAAUAAUAAAAACAUUAAACAAUG